ACUAUAAAUUUACGUUGAAUUUUUAAUUACAUUAAAAAUUUAAAUCAAAAGCAUUUAGUACACAAAGAACAUUUGCGUUAAAACCGAAGUGAUUUUAUUGUUCCUUCCCUUUCGAAGAGCUAAUAUUUUAUCGAGUAGUUUAUCAAGUAUGAUUUUUCAAUCCAGUCCAGUAUAGUCCAGCUUAUGUUUUGUAAUCAACAGCUGUUUCUGGCUGCGUGCCAAUUGAAUCUAAAAAUAACUCACGAUUCGCUUAUUCACGCGUUUCUCCAAUUUGUUCCUAUUUAUCGCGAGUAUCAAAGUUUAAAAUAGUGAUAAUGGAUCGCCAACAUUCAAGUCUUCAUGGAUCUUUUAGAAGUAAAGAUUCCUCAUCCACUACAGGAAGUGAUCCAAGAGAGAAAAUUAAAGACUGUCUAAGAAAAUUCAUUGCUUUUAUGUUUACACAAGUGGGUGUCGGUGCCUUGGUUGUUUGCUAUGCUAUACUAGGUGCAGCUAGCUUUAUGCAUAUAGAAAAAGAUAGUCCUGAUGAGCAGUUGGAAAAUGUUAAACAAUGGAGAAAAAGCUGCGCAGAGGAACUUUGGAAUAUAACCGUAAACAAUAACAUAUUCAAUGAGACCGCUUGGGAAAUAAAUAUAAACAAAGUGCUGAAAGUUUUUCAGAGUAAUAUAACAGGAGCAGUACAUACAGGCUACAAUGGCAGGUCUGCAGAAGAUAUCUGGUCAUUUCCUGCAGCACUAAUGUACUCAUUAUCAGUGUUUACGAUGAUUGGGUAUGGAAAUAUAAUACCAAAGACUGUUUGGGGUAAAAUUGUUACUAUAGCCUAUGCAUGCUUUGGUAUACCGAUAUAUAUUUUAUAUUUCUGCAAUAUGGGCAAAGUUCUUGCACAGUCAUUUAAAUGGCUUUAUAUAACUGCUCAUGAAUGUAGCAGACGAGAAGAUGCUAUGUUUGAAGAAGGAGAGAUACAACAGAUUAAACGUAAAAUUACAGUACCAUCGACAGCUUGUCUUUGGGUGAUAUCUUUUUAUAUAUUAUCUGGAACAAUUAUGUUUGGUGCUUGGGAGAAAUGGAAUUAUUUAGACUCGACAUACUUCUGUGUGAUCAGUUUGUGUAAGAUUGGGUUUGGUGACUUUGUUCCUGGAGCUAAUAUCACGGAUUCAGCAGGAGGCUCUCAUUUGAAGUUGGUUAUUAAUUUCAUAUAUGUUCUACUGGGUAUGGGUCUUGUUGCGAUGUGUUAUAACUUGAUGUGCGAGGAUGUGAGAGUCAAGGUGCGGGAACUGAGAGAAGAUCUCAAAAAUUGUUUGGAUGAUAUCACACUAAAGAUUACUGUAUGUAUGAAUGAUACGAAAUAUUACCAUCAGAAGCAAACACGUCAUAUAAAGUAAUGUGAAUUAAAAAUCUAGAAUAAAUGAACAUUUUUUUAUAUGAAUAAACAUAUGUUUAUUUUUAGAAAUACUU